AUGUCCAUGGACAAACGCCCAAGCCCCAGCAAGGAUGACCCGAACCAACCUGGCACGUCGAAGAGAAAUGCUUUCACCGAACUCCUCGCCCCCAAGAGCAAACAGCCCAAGCAUGCGCCCAGAGCCCCAUCUGAUCGCAACGCUUCCAGAGGGCAAGCUACCUUCAGUGCUCGCGACGGACUAGGCGCCUACAUCGCAAAGCCAGAAACAUACCCUCCCAAUGUGGUAGUAUACCACAAUGCAGACUUUGUAGCGAUCCACGACAUGUUCCCAAAGUCUUCACUGCACCUACUCCUUCUCCCGCGUGAGCAGACCAAGACGUAUCUUCACCCGUUUGACGCUUUCGAGGAUGCCGAAUUCUUAGAAAAAGUAAAGGCAGAAGCACGCAAGCUUCGCAAACUAGCAGCGGGGGAGCUACGACGCAAAUAUGGGAAGGGUUCCGCGCAGGAGCAGGCAAGACAAACGGCGUUGAGUACUAAUCCGCCGCCGGAUGAGCUACCGCAGGGUCGAGAUUGGGAACAGGAGGUUGUAGUCGGGGUACAUGCUGUGCCGUCGAUGAAUCACUUGCAUAUUCAUGUGAUAUCUGUUGAUCGGUAUAGUGAUCGUCUGAAGCACCGGAAGCACUACAAUAGUUUCUCGACGCCGUUCUUCGUUCCGAUUGAUGACUUUCCCUUGGCGGAGGAUGAUGUACGGAGGGAUCCCACCAAGGAGGGAUAUCUCAAGCGAGACUUCACUUGCUGGCGUUGUGGAAGGGGGUUCGGGAACCGCUUUGUGGAAUUGAAGCAACAUCUGGAACAGGAGUUUACCGAAUGGAAGAAGUUAUGA